UGCCUGCAAAUUGGCGGAAAAGCUAAAAAAAGAAACAAAAAAACUAGAGAAAAAGAAAAAUACGAAAACAAAACAAUUAUUAUUGCAGGCAGGUGAUGAAAGGAAAAACGGAAAAACAAAGCAAAGGAAAAUUCCUGCAGGAAAAUCAACAUUUGUACAACAUACGACACACAAAGGACAAAGGGAAACUGUACCAGCUGCUUUUUACAAGCAGGCAUUUAGAUAUUAAAUUACGCAGUAUUAGAUAAGAAUCGAUCGGCAAAUAAUAAUUGUGAAAAUAACAAAAUGACUACACCACAAAAUACAAGAAUAGCAUUAGCUGACCGUUUAGAAGCCUUACGAGUGGCCACCACCCCAACAAAUAACCAUAGACCAGAUGAACCAACACCAGCCUCUAUAUUUGCCUCUUCGCUGAUGGACAACAAUACAAAUGUAGCUUUGGCACAGGAUUUUGAAAGUUUAAUACCCUCACCGGAUGAAUUGAUAAUAAGACAACGCGGGCGACGGCGUCCUUUAAUAGACUGGACUCCUGAACAGGCCGCAGCCACUACCAAUUCCGUAAUGCGUAAUCCGUUUCAAAGAACACCCACUAAAAUGCCUUUAAAUACAAAUAUGAUCUUGAGGAGUUCGCCGCGAAAACGUUUGACCAUGGGUAGUACACCACCCGAACCAGCGGGUAUGUGCUUUGGCGCCAAUACAAAUUCACCCACAAAACUUAAUGCCAAACAAAAACUGUGGCCCGGAACGCCGGUCGUAAAGAGAUCACGAUUGUGUGAAGAUGAAAAACCUAUAGCUCAGCUGAAUGAGGAAUUGCCUUUAGCCACUUUACUGCAGGGUUUGUCACAGCAACAGUUGAUACAGUUGAUAGUGGGAAAAUUAGUGGCUGGAAAUCCCAAAGCGGAGGCUGAAUUAAGGGCCCAACUACCAACACCUGAUAUCGAAACCAUGGAGCAGGAACUCCUACAUGCUAAACGCAUGAUCUUCAAAUCUCUACCCACCUCGCGUUUAUGCAAGAAAACCGAUAGUACUGCAUAUACGCGGGCCUCCCUACAUCUCAAUGAAUUUAAACGUUUGGUCACACAACACACUAAACAACUGCAUGAUUCUGCACAUUGGGAUGCUUUGCUCGACUAUGUAUUUAUGGCCUGGCCAUGUGUUAAGGCCACCCCCAAUUGGGAUAAUGCCACACAUAAUACUAUACGUCGGCAAUGCUUUAAACUACUAACUUGUGCCUGUAUGGCGGCUGUUAAAUGUGGUGGCACACGUUUGGGUUCAACACGUCUUCAUACUCUAGAGCGUAGUUUGCGCGAUUGGUCUCAGGAUUAUGAAGAUGUUCUGUCAUGUAUUAAUACUCUAAAUAAGGCUUUGUCAAAAGGACGUACAAGUCUUUAAGACCAAUUUUAUAUUUGUAUAGCAAUUUACUUUUUUAAAUAUUUAAUUUUAAUUCUUAUUUUUAAAUUUAGUAGACUUUACUAAAACUAGAUGUUUUAGUACAAGUUUGUUUAUACUCAACAUGUCCUAGUUUGUAAGUUAAAAACAAACAUAUUUUUAAAACAAAAAUUAGUUUUAGGUUUUAUACUUAUAUAUCCGAUUCCUCUAAUACUUAAAAGCAUAAGUUAGCGGAAGUCUUCGUAUCACAAUUUGUUAUUAUAUUCAAGUUUUAAGUUUAUUAACCCUGUAUUUGCCAUAUUUUUUUUAUUAAACUUUUUUAUUUUUAACAUAAUUUAAAACAUUACAUCUUAUGCAAUAUUUAAGCAAUAUAUUUAUGUGAAUGUUUUAUUUUUAUUUUCGCCCCCACCAAAUACCAAAAUUCGUUAUUCAAAAUUUCCUUAUAUUUUUAUGUUUUGAUACCAAAAGUAUUUUUUUUUUUAUUUUAUUCGUAUGAACAAAAUUUUCAUCUCAUUUACCUCAAGUCAUAUUUUUAAUUUUUAUUU